AGUUGCGUCCAGCAUGGAUCAUGCCUCCAGCUCAAGUGAACCAGGAACCCAAGGUGCCUGAGGCUCCAGCCCAAGAGCCCCCAGCAUGGGCCCAAAUGCACCCAACAGGGAUCAUGCCUCCAGCUCCAGUGAACCAGGAACACAAGGUGCCAGAAGCUCCAGCCCAAAAGCCCCCAACGCUGGCCCAGAAACUCCCACAACAGAAUAAGCCUCCAGUGAGCCAGGCACCAGCCCAAACGCCACAGUCUCCGAUGACUCCAAUAGACCCUGUUGGGGGUAGUUUUGGCAGCUCCUUCAUGGAGGGUGUCGGUGGAGAGGCUACCUCUAAUGGUGGUGCUACUGAGGGUCCUUCAUCAGGGCGAGAGCGCUACCUUGUUAUCACCGAGCCCUUGGGUUUUCAAACCCGCUACGUGGUGAAGUCCUUCAAUCGUUAUGUGCGAGGAAAAAAGAUCUAUUCCCAAACCACCUACAUCCCUCUAGAUUAUCAGCCUGCUCCUGAGCCUGCUCCUGUCCCCACUCUUCCUCUGCAAGAAGCCCAGGUGGUCCAAACUGUGAAGGCCACCCCUGCAAGAAAAGGAUAGGCUUGCCCAGUUGACCUUCUGUGGCUUUGGACUUCAAUCCACAUUGUGUAUCUGGGCCCUUGUUGCAUCGUGGCUUAAAAAUAAACUGAAACGUACAAAAUC